UAAAACAAAUUUUUUUUUUCAGUUAAACAUUUCCAAUGAAAAAUUUCAGUUAAUAAAAUUCUUAGUGAAAACGUUUUAGAGAUAAAAAGUAGAAAAUCAUGGAUAAAGAAGACGUUUAUGACUUUUUGGAUAUUGCAUCUAUUUAUGAUAAAACUGGACGCAUACUUGAGGCUGAGUUUCUUUAUCAAAAAAUUGUUCCACAUUUAGUUGAUGAAUACAUUUAUAAAAAGUGCAAGAAGGAUAAAACUGCAUGCUAUGGACCAAUUAGGGACUCUAUAGAACGAAUUGGACUUAUCCGUCAUCACAUCAACAAUUUACUUUUGAAUAGACAUCUCAUAGUAGAAUUCGAAAUCCAAAAUGAUGACAUUAUACAAGGUUAUGGUCAACUUUUUGGUAAGUAUCUACAAACAAAUCUUAAAGAGAUGAUCUUAGAAGAACCGCAACUCAGUAAAGAGCAUGAAAUAAAAAAUCUAUUCAGAUUUUUCAAAGCUGUUACUCUCAAAUGCAGACAACUGUCAUUUGUGAAAAUCUGCACCAAACCUGCAGAGCAGGAUGCGGACAAGCAGCAUGAACUCUUACAGAAGUUGGUGUAUGCCUUCAAUGACAAACGUAAAGUUGGUAUGAAAAUUGAUUUUAAACCAGAUUUAGAGAAAACGAAAAUGAUUCUUAGCAAUGGUUAUAUGAUAACCUUAAGUACUGGCUUACAUAUCUUUAAGAAAGAGAGACUGAGGACAUUAAGUUACGUCACACCCAGCUUAUUCGCUAUCAAACCAAAGUAUAAUCAACUAGGUCAACUUAAAUUUCCUAAUCUGCACAACUUUUAUCGUGCACAUGGUGGUCGGGCAACCGAUUACAAGUGCUAUCCUUGCGCAAUUGAGGUUUGGAAAAUUAAAAGUUUCGGUGAAGUCAUUUAAAAUCAAACAAUAUAUCAAGUAACUUAAAAAGAAUUUUUGUAAACGCAAGUAUCAGAACUUUGAUACGUGGAUGCAACGGUGAACUGUGGUACUAUAUUAAUACUAGAGAAACUCAAUUAAAAAAAACCUAUCAUUCAAGCACAAACAUGUACCAGAAGACGUCAUUUUUAUUUUCAAAACUCAGCCAAUAAAAUUCACAGAACGGGAAACACUGAAUAAAUCAAAAUCAAGGGUAACUUAAAUAUCUCGUAGGUAAAUAUAUUUCAAUAUUAAUCCUUAAAGCAGAUAUAGGGACCAAAAUAGAAGUGCAAAAGAAGAAUCAAUCCUUAAAGCAGAUAUAGGUGCCAAAAUAGAA